AUGGCAGCAAUGAAUGCGGAUGAGACAAAGCGGGAUGGAAUGCCACAGGGGGAGAAGGAGGAGGAGGAUGGGGCAGGGGCUUCGGCAGGGGUGAGUCCUGAAGCAGGCGAUCCCGACACCAGGAUAGUGGCUCCUCCGCCGCCCCGACAACGAACCCUCACACGCACCGCUGAAAUGGAGGCGGAUGGCGAGGACAUCGAGCUGGACGGCGACGUGGACGAUGCGGCGGAUAGCAUCACCUUGGAGUUGGCCCUGUCGCCGCACAGCAGCUCCACACCCACGCCGUCGCCCACCACCGCCGACGAGGACUUCGCCCAGCUGGACAACAGCAAGCCCUUCAAGAUCAAGGACAUCACAAGGAACAUCCGCAAGGCUGUUGUGGCCACCACGCUGUCGGAGUUGCGGGUAAAGGUGUCGGUGAAAUUUGAGAGAGCGCAGCCGGCGAUUCACCUGGAUUGCGAUGGCACCGAGGUCGAUGAUGAGGAGUACUUCAGCACUCUGGAGCCGAAUGCCGAAUUGAUUGCCGUCUUUCCCGGCGAGCAGUGGCGCGACCCCAGCGACUAUAAUGCCAAUCUGCGUCGCACAUCGCUGGAUGCUCAGCGGUUGCGGAAGUUGGUGAGCAAACUGCAGCCGAACUAUAUGAACGACGAUGAUUUGGACAAGCUGUCGAACAUGGAUCCCAACUCGUUGGUGGACAUCACGGGACGGGAGCCCAAGGACAACGAAUACUCGGCGAGGAGCGAUGCCGCCAGGCUGUCCACGGAGUUGUCUUGCUAAAGGGAGUCACUCCCCACUCGAUGAAAGAACUGUGUGAAUUGAGAUGUAUAUAGGGAAUUUGUACGAGUUUAUAUGGCUAGCCGGAGUAUUUUUGGAAAACGUUUUGACGAUGACGGCACUUGAAGCGACCGAUUUGGAUGAUGGUUGUACCGUGGGGUUUUAUCUCUAUAACCGUAGAUCUGAGAGUUGUCUAUUUUUCGAGCCCACUCACCCUGAAUGUCUAUUAGCAGCCGCUAGUUGUUCCUAGACCAAUAGUAUGAGCCAAGUCCUGGCGAGAGCCUCAAAGGCUCAGUCUUAGAUAACCUUAUCCUCACCUCACUCAGCGGACGAUCAAGGAAUUGCGGAAUAGAUCUGAAUUAGGCAAAUAGAAAUAAUAUAUUUUCCAUAGCAGUAUCCUUGUGAAUGUCACACGAAAACCAGCGAUUGGGUUAUUAGGGAUCAACCAAAAGUAACGUAAUUGAAUCUCAAUUAAAUCAAUUAGCAAUUGAAUAAAUGUUCACCCUAGGCACACCAAAAAGGGCUUUUACCUUUUUUUGUAUUUACGCUGCAUCCAUGAACAAGCACAAUUUGCUGCACUAUUCAAAGGGUUAUAGGAGCCUGAAUUUAAUUCAAUUUAAACUUACGUUGUGUCCACAGGAAUCAACUGGAAAUUGUAAUGUAACUUACAAAAAAAAAAAAACGAAACAAAAAAGCAAAUAAAUAAAUGGAUA